AUGUCCGACGAAUAUGUUAUCAAGCCAGAGAACGUUGCUCCAACCAGCAACACCUCCGAAUGGCCAUUGUUGUUGAAGAACUACGACAAGUUGUUGGUCAGAAGCGGCCACUACACCCCAAUCCCAUCCGGGUGCUCUCCAUUAAAGAGAGACUUGAAGUCUUACAUCUCUUCCGGUGUCAUCAACUUGGACAAGCCAUCCAACCCAUCUUCUCACGAGGUUGUCGCUUGGGUCAAGAGAAUCUUGAGAUCCGAGAAGACCGGUCACUCUGGUACCUUGGAUCCUAAGGUCACUGGGUGCCUUAUCGUGUGUAUUGACAGAGCCACCAGAUUGGUCAAGUCCCAGCAGGGUGCCGGUAAGGAGUAUGUCUGUAUCGCCAGAUUGCACGAAUCGUUGAAGGACGAAAAGGACAUGGCCAGAGGAUUGGAAAACUUGACCGGUGCCUUGUUCCAGAGACCACCUUUAAUCUCUGCCGUCAAGAGACAAUUGAGAGUCAGAACUAUCUACGACUCCAACUUGAUCGAGUUUGACAACAAGAGAGGCUUGGGUGUCUUCUGGGCCUCUUGUGAGGCCGGUACCUACAUGCGUACUUUGUGUGUCCACUUGGGUAUGUUGUUGGGUGUCGGUGGUCACAUGCAGGAGUUGCGCCGUGUUAGAUCCGGUGCCAUGUGCGAGAACGAUAACUUGGUCACUUUGCACGACGUCAUGGACGCCCAGUGGGUCUACGACAACACCAGAGACGAGUCCUACUUGAGAAGAGUCAUCCAGCCAUUGGAGACCUUGUUGGUUGGCUACAAGAGAGUUGUCGUGAAGGAUUCCGCCGUCAACUCCGUCUGUUACGGUGCCAAGUUGAUGAUUCCAGGUUUGUUGCGCUACGAAGAAGGCAUCGAGUUGUACGACGAAGUUGUCUUGAUGACCACCAAGGGUGAGGCCAUCGCCAUUGCCAUUGCCCAGAUGACCACCGUUGACUUGGCCACCUGUGACCACGGCACCGUGGCCAAGGUCAAGAGAUGCAUCAUGGAGAGAGACACCUACCCAAGAAGAUGGGGGAUGGGUCCAGUUGCCCAAAAGAAGAAGCAAAUGAAGGCUGACGGGAAGUUGGACCAGUACGGUAGAGCCAACGAAAACACCCCAGAAAACUGGAAGAAGGAGUACGUCUGCCACGAAGCUGACGUCCCACCGCAGGUUCCAGCCGACAAGCUCGCCGCUCCGGUUGUCGCUGCUUCCAAGGGCUCUUUGUCCGACAAGUCUGAGAAGACCGAGUCCAAGGAUGACGAGAAGAAGGAAAAGAAGGAGAAGAAGGAGAAGAAGGAGAAGAAGGAGAAGAAGGAGAAGAAGAGAAAGACCGACGACGACGAAGACAAGGAAGAGAAGAAGUCCAAGAAGUCCAAGAAGUAA